GUGAAGCAUGUCUGCUACGAGCUCCCUCCUCUCUCUCUCUCUCUUCCAUUAUUCCCGUUGCACCGGCCACCUCUCGUCUGCUCAUGGCGCCGCCACACCCAACCUCCGCUCCAACGUUGCGCCUGUGACCGAGGCGACGGCUGGAGCGCUUGUCCUCUUCCACUACGGCGGCCAAAGUGCCAAACCACCCGGAUCCGGCGUCAUCUUCCACUCCGGCGGCCAGAUCAGUUCGAGUUUGGGCAACACGAGAUCUUCCGAGGACGCGGUCCUCGUCCACGGAUCUGUCCGUGAGAAAUCAUUUUCUUCAUUGUUUCCGUCGAUGCUGUUAUUGAUAGCUAGCUUGGUUAUGUACAAGUUGUGCUGCUGCAGCUCAUGCCCCUGGCAACCAAGGAUCUUGCUGCGUGAAGAGCUUUUCCCUGUUCGUGUUGUUGCAGCACUUGUGUACAAGUGCUACUUCAUGUAGCCUCAAAUCGUGUAACUCUAUUUUUAUCAGGAUGUGAUCAGGGGCGGAGCUGGAGCAAAUGUUACCCGAUGCACCACUUUAACUAAGGAGUAAAAUUUUCAAGCAGCGAUGCAUUGAAUAAGGGUUUGUUUCGCAGCUUCUAGCACAUUUUAUCGGAUGUAAUAGAAGGCAGUGAGUAAAAACAGAAUGUAGCUAUCAAAAUGUUUACUAUAAUGCUAAAAAAGGGGCAAAAUUACUUGAAAAGGUUCUCUUGCAUUUGGAAAUUCCAGAAUACAUCCUCCGACAGCAGGGCACAAUAAUGUACAAGAUAAAAACGGAAUUAAACUUUCUAGUAGAACAUAAUAAAAUGUCCAAAUGAAAGUAUUUAAAUGGCUAAAAAAUUGGAAAUUACCUUUAGUACGUUUGAUCAAUUUUCUCUUGCCCGGAUGAUAUUGAAUCUCCUCUUCCCUAUUUAUGUGUUCCGGAACAUCCUGUGCUGAUGCUUUCUUUUGAGAAUAAAUGAAAUAUAACCUAAUUAGAAGUUAUAGUAUUUGUAUUUGACAAUGAAUGAAAUAUAACCUAAUUAGAAUUCAGAAGUUAUAACCCUAGAAAAUGUAUGAUGCUUUGUCAAAACAUAGUGGUUUAUUCUAUUUGUUACUAGUUUAUACAUAACUGACUA